AUGCUAGCGGCGGUGUGUGGACAUAAGGAGGUGGUUGAGCUUUUGUUCCACCACGGCGCUGACAUCAAUCGCAUAGUCGGCGACGUAUGUACCCCUCUACUCGGGGCGAUAGGACAUGGACAUGUUGAUGUUGUGGAGUACUUACUGGUCAAUGGUGCUGAUCUGGAGGUCGAGCUGGGUGGUUACUUUCAAUAUAAUGCACUCGAGCUCGCAGCGCAUGAAGGACAUGUGGAGGUGGUGAAAACGCUGCUUCGGCAUGGAGCGGAUCCCAACAAGUCCUCACCACUCGCGCUUGCAACCGGUAUGGGCAGACUGGAGGCGACACGUGUGCUAAUUGAAGCUGGAGCAGACAUUGGGGGAAUAGCUGUUGACAACGUCGGGACGAAUGCAUUUUUCAAUGCAGUGUAUCACGGUAAAGCAGCAGUAGUCAGCUUGUUAAUCGAGUAUGGGGUCAGCCCUGAAUACAGAGACAACGACGGCAUGACUCCCCUCGCAUAUGCCGCUUAUUAUAGACGUGAUAAGGUUAUUGAAGUACUUUUGAACCAUGGUGCCAACGUCAACGCCUUGGUCUAUGGCUUUACCGCGUUAUCCUUUGCGAUCGAUGAAGGAAAGGUGCCCGCGGUAAAACUACUGCUUGAGAACGGUGCAGAUUUGACCAUGACGAACGAGCCAUUUCUUUUACGUACACUUAAGAGAAGCCACAAUCAGGAAGCGGACACCGCGAUCGUGGAGCUGCUACUGAAUCACAGGGCCGAUCCCAACUGCUGUGACCGGAAAGGGAGGACGCCAUUGUUUCUUGCUACAGUUAAACAGCAUCUCGAUAUUAUGAGGUUGUUGCUUGUGCACGGAGCCAACCCAGACCGAGAAGAUGAGAAAAUCGAUUUACUAUCAUGGGCCUUUCUGAAAGGUCAUGAAGACAUAUCUCUAUCCAUCUAUCUUGAGAAUCUCAAAAUGGCCGAAGAGUUUAUCUCAGCGCCGGAUCUAACAUCUUGGACCAUUGUACUUCCGCGAGCUCCUAAUGCCUCUGUCUGCCAGUCCCCAACAAUGCAGAGCAGUCAUGACACCACUCAGCCUCCCGAAUACUACUAUCACGUAUACAAAUUUGGUGAACCAGAUCAAGCCUCGCUCGAGUGCCUCAGUCAAGAGCUUCCUGCUUCGGAUGACGACGAAAUGUUGGAUGAUGAAAGCGACUUUGAUGGCGAGGAGCCUCUGCCUUCCGGCGAAUCUGAGUACUUUCCUGGUGGCUAUACGUCGAGAAGUCAGUAUGAAGACGACAAUAUGAUCGAUGACAGCGUGUCGCUAGAUACUUCCUCUUGCUCCUCAAUUGCUAGUGAAGGAAGCGAAUGUGGCAUGAAGAUACUUGAUGAGAGUGAUAUCAAGGAUAUCAAGACCAGAACUCUCAUGGCUAUUCCUAUCUACGACUUCAUGAAUAUCAAGCGCAUCCGAUCCAUGAUAGACAACUUUACGCAGCAACAACUGGUAGAUGCUGUUAGGAAGGUCUUAGAGGUUGAUAAAUUUAAGGUCAACCAACAAAGAGUGACAACAUACAGGAUAACAUACAGCCACCCUUCAUUAGAACUGCGCGGUUUGAUUCAAAGGCACCUUGUGAAAGAGGUACCUUGUCCUGACGACGAGAGGGCUACCAAUAUCCUUUCUUUCGAUGACCUUGACAAUAGUCUCCACGAGAAGAGUAACGCGCAACUAAAGCAGUUAUUGGGUGGGGCGCUCAGUGAAUUUCACACGGCGAAGCUGUAUGCUAUUCUGGAGGAACAAAUCCAAGCGUUGCCGGAAGAGACAAGAGAGCAAAUUCACACAGAAGCGCGCCGGCUAUUUGAUGAGUCGAAUUCGCAGGUGCUUUGGGGUUAG